CGACGUUCUGGUCACGAGGGCUAACGUGCGGACGGUGCGGUCCGUUUUCGAGAUUUGAAGCAACUGGCGGAAAACGCGGAACAAGACUGAAGAUAUUCAGCAUCUCUUCGGUGAAGAGCCCGGACCUUUAACGGGAGAACGCAAUGUCGGAAGUGGAUGCUACCCACUACAGCUUUUACGUCGACGAAAGCGAUGAGAGCAUUGUGAUAAAUGAGGAGAAGCUGAAAGCGUCGGGACUUCCAUACAUCCGACGUUACCGCACGAAUAGCUGUAACAGCAGUGCAGCCAGCAGCGCGACUCCUGAAACUAAUCGUCUGAACGACUAUGUGGAUGAUUCGCUGCUCGGAACCGAGUUGUCGGCGCACGGCAGUGGUUCUUCAGCCGACGAUUGUAUCGACGGUUUCAAUAAAUUGAGGCUUUCCAACGUCGACUGCGACAAAGAAAACAGGAAGCCUUCGAAGCCGGAACGCGUCUCGCGCGCCUUCUACGAGAAAUGCGGGCAAUCCGCGAGCCAGAGCGAAAGCACGGAUGCCUGCGCCGAGCCUGAAGAAGAUAUUCUGGCGCCAUAUUUCAAGCUACAGCAGUGUGAGACAGUGACAGGUCAAGAGGCCACGGAAGAGAAAAGUAAGCAGAGGUCUAGUGAAGCGCAGCUACGCCAUGAGAACAGCAGUAUAGUGAUGACCGAACCUCUCGCUAUGUCCACACCGCGCCCUUCUAAAUCUUCGGCGCAAAACGUGCCGUACCGGUGCUCAGAGACAGCGGAAGCCGUCGCUCCGCAAAAACCCUUCACAGAAAUUCAAGAAAUUUCCUGCAAUGAAGACCCCGUGAGACAGCGCUUGUCGUUUGGAUCCAGCCACAAGGCAGAACAUACGUUUGAUAAUGAAUUACUUUGCAGUGGUCUCAAACCAUUGCCCACUUCUAGUCGCACUGAAACUGAGCAAGAACCUGUGCCACAUAAUCCCCCUGAGAUCCGAACAUGCGAUAAGAGCUUUAUUGUUAUAGAAAAACCCACCCAGGAGAAGUUUCUGGCUGCAGCAGCUGCCACUUCGCCACACAGCAACGACGAGCUACAAAGUGCAGCAGUGACAACUGUAUCUCACUUCAUUGAACAAGCCCCAAAGACAUCGGAUUGUGAACCCACCCAGGAGAAGUUUCAGGCUGCAGCAGCUGCUACUUCGCCACACAGCAACGACGAGCUACAAAGUGCGGCAGUGACAACUGUAUCUCACUUCAUUGAACAAGCCCCAAAGACAUCGGAUUGUGUUCCAGAACAGAGCAAGCAGGGCUGCCCUACUGUUGAAAGGGGUGUUGAGAUGGCCUGUCAGACAUCUUUCUGCAUUGGUAAUGUCCCUGCCACAAGCACUGCCUGCGUGACACCAGUGAAGCACUUCGCCGUGCGCAAGUCUCUUCAAAAGGGAGCUGGAAGUGCCCCUGCCAAGCCUUUCUUAAAUCGACGAGAGAGCAAUGUGGCUGGGACUGUCCGAGGCCGCUGUCGCACUCCGUCGAACAUACCGUUCAGAAAGUGGAAUUCGCCCACGUCUUCCCCCAAGCGCCACGACAGUGUGUUCAAGGUGCCCACACCCAUACGUGGAAAGACUCCAGGUGGAAUUUCAGGCAGUGGAGACUCCACAGAAGUCUCCAGUCAAGAGUCCACUGAGUGCUGGCCAAGUUCAGGCCCGCGAUGGCACGCCACGAAGUGUUAAGAAGGGCGCACGGUCACCGUGGUCAGUCGUCAGCCCUGUUGCUAGGUAUAUACAUGAGAACCCUGCACCGCCUCUCAUCCAGAUUGUUAGGCCUCGAAAGUCUCCGUCAGCAAAGACCUUGACGACAGCAACCUCGCCUGUUCAUUCACCGACUCUGUCAGCAUCUCCACGUACUGCUCCUCUGCCAGACAAACGGUACCAAACGUCAAACAUGGGAAUCCUUCACAGGGUGGGUCUUGAUCAUAUGGCAAAGCCUUCCAAGCCCAUAGUCAUUAAGCAUACAGUUGCCAGGAAGGAUGAUGGCCGAAGUGUCCCCGAAAUGGAGGCAUCUGUUAUCCAAGUCAUCCGCCACUGACCGUCGCAGAGGAGGCUGUUCAGCUUCGGCUACGACAAUGUAGCUCACACCAAUGUCGUGUGGAACUACAUAGACACUAUUAUAUAACCUUUAUAAGUGCCGACGAGGCCGCCACAAAAAUCUGAAACUUCGUGUGAGGCGGCAAUGUGGUUCAAACGCACCGCGGCAUAUCUGUGUUGUUAAACCUAAUGCUUAAAAAUAGAGAGAGAGAGCAGUAGUGGGAAGAAAGCGCAGGGACGCCUUGACCCGGUAAUCCGCGUACAGUGAGCGGCCUUUUUCGCCUGUCGCGAUAAUGAAAACAAACAGCACUCGACGUCGCCUCGGACCUUUGUCACAAGGUUGUUGGCCACAUUGACAGCGCGCCAGCAGGCGGGGAAUAUCGUACGCCUGUGUCGAAAGCGCGGCCUGUUAAGUAGUUUAGUUUAGCUUGCAAGAUUAGCGUCGUCACGAAGUUAGUGCCUCUCCGGUGAAACGACGUUGUGUUGAUUUUUCUCGAAGACGCUGUAAAAAGUAAUCGCCACAUGGCUGCCAAGACGAUCGACGGUGCCCGAGUGGUGGUCGAAGCCCUUCGAAAGCAGGGUAUUGAACACAUCUUUGGCGUGGUCGGUGUGCCUGUCUUUGAAGUGGCUCUGGCAGCUCAACAGGCUGGCAUCAAGUUUGUCGGCAUGCACAACGAGCAAGCGGCAUGCUAUGCGGCUGGUGCCAUGGGAUAUCUUACCAAAAGACCUGGAGUGUGCCUUGUUGUCUCGGGUCCAGGGCUUGUUCAUGCCCUCGGUGGCCUGGCAAAUGCUCAGAUCAAUGCAUGGCCUUUGCUGCUGGUUGGAGGCUCCAGUGAACAAAACUUUGAAGGACUCGGGGCAUUCCAAGAGUUCCCACAGGUGGACGCCUGUCGUAUGUACACAAAGUAUACCUGUCGUCCCAGCUCUGUACAGCUGAUUCCCAUGCAGAUUGAAAAGGCUAUUCGAACAAGCCUUUACGGCCGCCCGGGUGCCACAUACAUUGACUUGCCUGGAAACAUGAUAAUGGCAGAAGUUCCUGAAGAGAGUGUGCCAGAGGUGGCGAAAUGCCCUGACCCUCCACGAACUCUCGCUGACCCACCAAAUGUGGCUCAGGCAUUGUCACUGCUUAAGAGUGCCAAGAAACCGCUUAUUAUCGUUGGAAAAGGUGCCGCAUAUGCUCGUGCCGAGAAGAGCGUACGUGAACUUGUGGAAUGCACGGGCCUGCCAUACCUGCCUACACCGAUGGGAAAGGGUGUUUUGCCCGAUAACCACCCUCAGUGCAUAGCACCAGCCAGAUCAAAAGCGUUGCAAGAAGCGGACGUCAUGUUGCUUGGGGCACGACUCAACUGGAUGUUGCAUUUUGGACGGCCUCCACGCUUCAGCCCAGGUGUCAAAAUAAUUCAGGUUGAACUUUUUCAAGAGGAGCUGCACAACAGCAUCCCUGCAGCUGUCGCAUUGGCUGGUGACGUGGGUGCAGUGGCAGAGCAGAUAUCCAGGUUGACCGCUGAGCAUGCCAAGGACCCUUGGCGGUACCCUGCCGAUGCACCCUGGUGGCAUGCGCUACGUGGUAAAGUUGCUGCCAAUGAGAAAACUGUUCAGGAGCUGUCAUCGUCGAAGAAUAUUCCUAUGAAUUUUCACACAGCAUAUAAGCAGAUAGCUGACCUCAUACCAAAGGACGCAGUCAUUGUGAACGAAGGUGCCAACACGAUGGACAUUGGAAGGACGAUGUUGCCUAACUUCUUGCCACGGCAUAGGUUAGAUGCUGCCACAUUUGGAACCAUGGGUGUAGGCGUUGGCUUUGCUGUUGCUGCAGCCCUGUGGUGCCAGACGCAGUCUCCCUCAAAGCGGGUUGUCUGCAUUCAGGGAGACAGUGCCUUUGGCUUCUCAGCUAUGGAGAUGGAGACUGCUGCUAGGUACAAGCUUCCGAUCAUUGCCAUAAUUAUGAACAAUUCUGGGAUCUACAAUGGCUUUGAUGGAGAAACCUGGGAGUCCUUCCUGCAGUCGGGAAUGCAUCCUUGCAUCUCGCUUCCAGCAAACUCUCUUCAGCCAGGUGUCCGUUAUGACCAGAUGGCUGCCAUGGUUGGUUGCAAGGGCUUUAACGUAACAACACCUGAGGAGCUUCGAGCUGCCUUUACAGAGGCCCUGGCCACCAACGACCGGCCAACUAUUAUCAACGUUGUCAUUGAUGGCAUGGCUCAGAGAAAGCCUCAGGACUUUGACUGGCUGACAAAGUCCAAGAUGUGAUAAGUACUUGACUGUGAAAGCUGGGAAUGUGCAGUAUUUUUCCAAUAAUUUUUGUCCACCUAAUCUACGACAUAGCUGCUCAUGCCCAAGUCUUCUGUAACUGUUUUAUCUAUACUCACAGGGUAGGUUUACAAAGUAUUAUAUAGAUGCGAUAUCACAUUUCCACAAUGUAAUAAUGCUGGUUACUGGUACUUUGUUAAGUGUGCUUCUGUGUAAUGGAUUCAUAUUAGAAUUGUUUUUUAUACCAAUAAAAAGAAAGAUCACACAUUUGCUAAAAAUAUUGUCUUUGCACUUAAUAAAAACUUCAUACAGGUUA